AUGGCGCCUUCCGUUGACCACAACUUUCACGACGGCUACUUUGACCUGGGAUCGUUCAGUCGUCCCGUUACCACCAAACACAAGGAGACGCAGCGCUGGUUCGAUCGUGGUCUAACUUGGGCUUACUCCUUCAACCACAAGGAAGCUGCUAAGUGUUUCGAGACUGCCAUUUCAUAUGAUCCUGAGUGCGCAAUCGCCUACUGGGGCCUGGCAUUUGCCUCUGGGCCGAACUACAACAAGGCCUGGGAGCUCUUUGACAAGCAGGACUUGAUUGCAUCUGUGCACAAGACGUACGAUGCUUCCCGCCGAGCUAUGGAGCUUAUCAAUAAUGCUUCGCCGUUUGAGCGCGCUCUGAUCGAAGCGACACAGCCUCGAUAUGAACGCGAACACGAUGUCGAUUGGGACCGAUACAGGGCCCGGAACACUGCCUACGCCGACGCCAUGAAAGUCUUCUACGAGAAGUACCCUGAUGACUUGGAUGCGUGCACGCUCUACGCGGAUGCGAUGAUGAACUUGACUCCAUGGAAGCUCUGGGAUCUGCACACUGGCGAGCCAGGCAAGGGAACAAGGACGUUCGAGAUCCAAGCUGUCCUUGAGCACGGAUUAAACCUCAAGGGCGCCCGCAACCACCCUGGUAUUCUCCACAUGUACAUCCAUUGCAUUGAGAUGAGCCCUUUCCCCGAAAAAGGGCUAAAUGCAGCGGAUCACCUGCGGAACUUGGUGCCAGACGGCGGACACAUGCACCACAUGCCCUCGCACUUGGAUGUGUUGGUUGGCGACUAUCGCCGCGCAAUGGCAGCCAACUAUAAUGCCACGAUCGCAGACGAGAAAUUCGUCGCCAAGAAUGGUGCUAUGAAUUUCUACACCUUUUACCGCAUGCACAACUACCAUUCUUUAAUAUACAGCGCUAUGCAUGCCGGAAAGAAAGUCACUGCCUUCGAAACCCUUGACCGCAUGGAGGGCACUCUUCCGAUCGAGUAUCUCCGGGUCGAAUCACCCCCAAUGGCCGACUGGCUUGAGGCCUUCUUCGCGGUUCGUGCCCACGUUAUGAUCCGCUUUGGUAUGUGGGGCGAUAUCCUCUCCAUGCCAUUGCCGGAGGACCAGGAGCUCUUCUGCGUGACCACGGCUACCCUGCACUAUGCGAAGGGAGUUGCUGCAGCUGCCACGGGCAACAUCCCCGUGGCCGAGGAGCACCGCCGUUUGUUCCAGACUGCGUACAAGCGCGUCCCACUGUCGCGCAAGGACUAUCCCAACCGUUGUGUUGAUAUCCUCGGCGUCGCAGAAGCGAUGCUGGACGGCGAGCUCAACUACCGGAAAGGGAACUAUGAGUUGGCGUUCGAGCAGCUGCGCGAGGCCAUUCAUCGCGAUGACAACCUAGUCUACUCUGAACCCUGGGGCUGGAUGCAGCCUGUUCGCCACGCGUACGCUGCUCUCCUUUUGGAACAGGAUAGGGUUGAGGAGGCGGCAGAGAUUUACUGUGAUGACCUGGGACUGAACGGCACUUUGGCGCGGGCGCAUCAGCACCCGAACAACGUCUGGGCGCUUAAGGGAUACCAUGAAUGUUUGCAGCGGUUAGGCCGCGAUAAGGAGGCCAAGCUACUUGAGCUGUCGCUGAAGACUGCUCUUGCGGUUGCAGAUAUCAAGGUCGAAUAUUCUUGCUUCUGUCGGGCUACCACUCCUAAUAAAGCAGAGACGUGUUGCAGGUGA